AUGCCAACUCUACCAACUAUUCUAUUGGCAAUCUACCUUGCAUUUCCUACGGUUUCUGGCUUUGUCACGACGACAGUGGCAAGCCCCAGAGUGUCGCUGUUACAAGCACGCACACGAACUGCAUUCGACAUCGAUACUGAGAACCCAAACCUGGAAGAUGUCACUGUCAGUCGUAGAAAUUGGUUAUCAUCUACCAUGAUCACUGCAGCUGCAGCUUGUACAACUGCAGCAUUGUCACCACCCACCAACGCUGUCGUAGCGCCUUCGUCUCCAAAAAAGCGAUGUACGGAUAUUGAAAGUUGUCGAGAACUUGGGGAUGAAAAGAUUGCUCAAGACCUGAAGGAAAACCCAGUGACACGCCUUCCUUCAGGAACACGCUACAAAAUCAUCAAGCCUGGAGUUGGCGCGGAGACCGUUCAAGAGGGAUCCUCUAUCGACCUAAUCUUCUCGCUGUCUCGAGCCGGUGGACAGUAUAUGUACAGUCAGGGAUUUGGGUAUGAGCUUGUGGAAGAGAUGGGGACCUUAGUCAAGGACUCGGAAGGACUGGAUAAUUUAAGAGUGAUGGUUGGAUCGCACCAGCAGGUACCCAUUGGGAUUGAACAAUCGCUGCUAGGUAUGAAGCGAGGAGAACGUCGACGGGUCGAAUUGACGCCCAACGUAGGCCUUGCAACUUCCAAUUGGGAACCAGCACCUAAAACAGCAGCCGGGAAACAAUCGGUGCGAGCCUACCAGAGAGUUCUAGAUGGAUUUGGAUCUCAGCCGCCCUUCCCAGCUCCCACCAUUUGGGAUAUUGAAGUGACACGAAUUCGCAACUAG